AUGAAACUGCAAGGUGUUACUGAGGAACAGAUCAAGCUGCAUGCCUUUCCUUUCUCAUUAGCUAAUAAAGCUAAGGAUUGGCUUUACUACUUACCCUCCGGUUCUAUCACCACAUGGAACGAUAUGAAAAGGCAAUUUCUUGAAAAGUUCUUCCCUGCCUCCCGAGCUGCUAACAUCAAAAAGGAGAUAUGUGGCAUAAGACAAUUCAAUGGGGAAACUCUCUACGAAUACUGGGAGAGAUUUAAGCAACUCUGUGCCAGCUGUCCGCAACAUCAGAUUCCAGACCAGCUCUUUAUCCAAUAUUUUUACAAAGGGUUAUUGCCGCUGGAUAGGAGUAUGAUUGAUGCAGCAAGCGGAGGUGUGCUGGUGAACAAAACGCCUACCCAAGCAAGAGAAUUAAUCUCGAACAUGGCAACCAAUGCACAACAGUUCGACAUUAGACAGGAGUCCAUUCCAAGGAGGGUCAAUGAGGUAAGAACUUCUUCCAUCGAUCAAAGAUUAGACAUUCUUACUUCUCUUGUGGAAAAAUUGGUGGUAGGUCAUGUACAACAAGCAAAGACAUGUGGCAUUUGUUCAACUACGGGUCAUCCAACCGACAUGUGCCCUACACAUCAAGAUGAACCCUUUGAACAAGCCAAUGCUGUUGGAGGCUUCCCACAAAAGAGAUACGAUCCCUAUUCAAAUACCUACAUUGCAGGAUGGAGGGAUCAUCCUAACCUUAGCUAUGGAGCCAAGCCCUUCGGCUUCCAACAACAACAUCAAUCUAGACCGCCAGCUCCACAAUAUUCGUCUUCCAACCCAGGUAUGUCUCUAGAUGAAAUUGUUAAAGCACUUGCAACUAACACUCAAUCAUUUCAAUAG